AUGAUAGAGAAUUUUAUUGCUAUUCGAGCUCAACAAAAUAAGGAUUUCCUUAAUCAGAACAUUCACACUGGUGAACAAUUGAAGCAAUUAGCAAAUAAGGUAGACACCUUAGCAACCCAAAACAAAAUGCUAGAGAUUCAAAUCUCUCAAGUGGCACAACAACAAGCAAGUACUGCUGCACCCGCUAGUACUUUUCCUGGACAGCCACAACCAAAUCCAAAAGGACAUGCUAAUGCUAUUACGCUUCAAAGUGGAACUGCGUUAGAUGGACCAGUCGACCAAAGACUUCAAAACCCGACCAUGUAUCAAAAACCUGUUAAAGGAACUGGGAAGGAGAAAGAACAACCUGGAAGUGAAAAGGAAGACAAAGAUGAAGAGGCAUCAGAAAAAGCUAAACCUUAUGUGCCUCCACUACCAUACAAACUACCAAAUCCAUAUCCUCAAAGACUUGCAAAAUUUAAAACUGGAGGGAAAUUCAAGAAAUUUGCAGAACUUCUGAAACAAUUAAAUUACUAUACCUUUCACAAAAGCCAUUAA